UUUCCGCAUGCGCGGCGAGGAGACGCUGGUGGAAACGCGAAUCGACGUAACACCUGCAUUCCCUGCCACGCAACCCCGCCCCUCCAAGCUCCACCGUUGCUGUAGCAUCACUGGUUAGCUUUGAGCUAUUUUGUGCUGUCGGUGGUUGGAACAGGGCUCACAGACCUUAUGUGCAGUGGUAACCGAACCUAAAUCCAGGAUGUGCUCCGUCGUCACAUGUGAUUCAUGGCGUCGCAGAGCGCAACGCUUCAUUCUACCAGAAGACCCAGAGAAGAGACUGGAGUGGGUCCAGUUUCUCUUUGAGGUCAAUGGUCAGAGACUUAAAGAAUCGUCGUGGACUGAUAUCACCGUUUGCAGUGAACACUUCACACGCAACAGUUUCCUCACAGCAGCUGGCACGGCCUUGCUCAAGUUUGAUGCUGUCCCAUCAGUGUAUCAACCUGACGAACCCAAACAGGACACUAUUCUAUCCAAAGAUACUGCUUGUAAACAUGACCAGCUUAAAUCAUGCCAUAGUCCAACUCCAGGAUCUUCAGAAUUAAACAAAGAGGAGUACUCCACUUUAAUAAGCGUCCCUGCAAGCCCAGCCUCAAGCGAGGUUUCUGAAUCUUCAGUGUCUGAUUAUUGUAAGAUGCUGCACAAAAUUGAAAACCUUGACGUUAUCAAGGAAAAAGUCAACCUGCUUCAGAUGAAUAAGAGGUAUGCUGUGAGUGAAAGGCAACUCCUCCAACUGUUCAGUGUUAAGUGCCCUCUGUGUCAAUCUAAAGUAAAAACGGAGAAGGUGGUCCGCGGAGUGCUCUUAGUCCUGAACCAGCAGUGCCUGCAGUGUGACUACAGUAAACAAUGGAAAAAUCUGAACAACAAAAGCAUCACUGAAGCUUCAGAUGAUCAUCAGACAGAAUGCAUGGAAAUAUCUUUAGAGACUGUAUCUACAGAUGGGAAGACAGUAGGGAUCACUGAUAUUGUCCAAAGUGUUGACGAGGAGAUCGAUCGCACGGAGGAAACGGAUGAAUCCAGUGAUCUGGAUGAGGUGGGGGAUUCAGACGACAACUGGGAGCCAGAGGACGAGCCUUUUAGUUUGAAAUCUGAGGAAGAAAGUUCUUGUGAAGAAGCCAGUGAGGUUGCUCUUCUUAAACACCGGGAGCUCUGCACAGAUUGUGGGAUGUUUUUUGAAAUACAAAAGCCUCACACGUGUGAGUAUAAAAUUAAGCCUUUCCCUUGUAACAUCUGUGGGAAGAGGUGUGUCAGUGAGCACGCUUUAACCGUUCACAGCAGAGUACACAAUAUAAACUAUCAGCAUCCUUGCAAAUACUGCCAUGUUGGGUUCAAGACUAAAAUGGACAAAAUCACUCACGAGCAGACCCACUUAACUCAGAAGAGCCCUUAUAAAUGUUCCGACUGUUCUGAGACGUUUGCCACACACAAGGAGCGCAAAGACCACUUUGAAAGUCACACAGAGCAAAGGCAGCUGAAAUGUCCCAUUUGUGGGAUCAAAUUCUUUUCGGCUUUGGCUCUCCAGAGACACUCGAUGGUGCAUACUGGAGAAAAACCGUUCAAAUGUUCGGUGUGCCAGCGAGGCUUCAACCAGUCCGGCCAUCUGAAGUCCCACAUGCGUCUGCACACGGGGGAGAGGCCUUACAAGUGUCAGCACUGCAAUAAAUGCUUUAAUCACAACGUGAGCUUGAAGAGUCACGUCCAGCGUUGCCACACGGCAUCUGGGCAUCAACAGAAGUCAGCAAGACGGAGGGGAUGCGUCGAUGGAGACCCUCUGGAUGAUGGAGGCACGGACCCGAGGAUUGGCAAUGUAGAUGAGGAUCAGGCUGCAGUAAAGGAGAACCAUUGUAGCUCUCCAGAGAUCAAUGUUGGUUGCAUCUGUCCCACACAGUGUGUUGAAGAUCACAGGAACAUCAGAUAUGUGAUGCUACAUGUGAAAAAAAAAUCUUCUUUAGUUUGAUCCCAGAUUCACAGGUUGUUUCUCGGUUCAGCACUGGAUUAAUGGCAUUUUUUAAUGGAAUCAGAAUGGAUGAGUGCACUCCCUGUGCAACUCUUUGAUUUAGUAACUUGUCUGAAAUAAUCUGCUGUACAAACUGAGAACACAUUAAUCCUCGAUUGGCAUCGAUGUCAUUGUUUGUUUCAACGUCUGUGUGAAGAGAUAAAUCCAGAUAUAUCAGAGUGACGCUGAUGAAGAAACUAAUCCCUCAGAUGACGGUGAAGAUGGGAUGAGUUAACGUGGGGAAUGACAGUUUGUGAUGGCUGAGGUAAGCAAAGAAAAAUGAAAGCAAAUGGGUAUAGUUUUCUUUUCAAUGGUCCAUGGUUAAAAGCUGCACAGAGUAUGGAUGUCCUUUUACCAGUGUGUCUAACUACCGGCAAAUGAAAAAGCUGCACCAUUGUGCAAAGUCUGUGAAAAAAAAUAUUGGUUACACAAGAUCCCAAGAGAGACCUGUAUAUGUACUUGUACUUUAAGUUACACAUGCAAGUUUGAUUUCAAUGCCUCAUAGAGCUUUAUCCAUUGCAGUAAUGUUAUAGGGUUGGAUUUCCAAAAUGGAGGCUUGCUCAGACGUCUUUCUGACAUUGCUUUUUGCCUCUAAAGGUAAAAUGUCACUAACAGUUAUUAUAUUUAGACCACAGUUUUUGGACAAUGUAUCAUUAAACAUGGAAGGUGUGGACAGAGGGGGAAGACAUGCAGCAAAGGUCAAUAGGCCAGGAGUCAAACCCGUGACUGCCUGCAUCGAGGACCCAUACAAACAUGGGUCGUGCGUUUUACCCCUGCUGCGCCCAAAUGUUAACAGAUUUGAGCAUUAAACUAUCUUAAACUAAUAUGAUUAGAUCACCCAAAAGAGCUGAAAAUUAUGAUGGAAGGUCUCAUUAGACAUAUUUUUCAUCAAAAAGGUUUUUUCCUCUGCUUCAUUGACAACCAAAGUAGCCUUACAAGUUUUCAGUCAUAUUUUUUCAGUCAUCCUAGUCAUUUUAAUAAUGAAAUUAAACAGAAAUUGUCAAGUUAUUUUAUGUUGGUUUACAAGGUGCACUUCUUAAACAGACACAGUGUAACAAAUGCAUCAUAUUCCAGACCAAGAACAGAGACAUUUGUUGUUUUUCUCGAGGUGGCAAGGGCAAAAAUUCAUUUAUACUUCAAAAGAACUCAAGUGCAGAACUCUUGGGCCCUCAUAGCUUUCUCCCACCGCCACAUUUGUAUAUAAUACCGUAGUUGUGGACACCACACAAGAAAAAAAAAGUUCUGCCCAGAAUGUGUCAACAACAAGCUCCAACAACAGAAUGUCAUUUUGUUUUUGCAGCUCUGGGAGAGACAACCAGUUUCCAUAUUCUUGUAGAGUAUGCUGGUCUUUGGACAUCUAUUUGGGUUUCUACGCAUAAAUCUGUUCACUUACUUUUUGAAAAAUCCGAACAUACCUGUGCAGCGUGGCAACAUUUGAAUUUCAUGGGUUGGAAUUUAAUGAUGGACAAAAUCUCCAGUGCUCUGUUGAGACUUGAAAUCAUACAAACGCAAAUGUGACGAUAGAAGCAAAUAAUCUUACAUGCAUCUGCCCACUGGAGAGGCCUUACAGAUAUCAGCACUGUGACAAAUGAAUCUAUAUCAAUUUAUUACCACAAACCACAGUUUAGAUGUAAAUUAAAGGACGUUUAGAGGGC